GGAAGGGCGGCUUUUCGCGACAGUUGCGGGGGCCUCCGAACUGCCUCUUUCGCUGCUCUUUACUGUUGGCGGUUCCUGAAAGAAAGAGGGAGAAAGAGAGAGCAUGGCGGCCGGGGAAGCUAAGUCCGUUUUAUUCGUUUGCCUGGGUGAGUGGAAAGGGCGGGUGGAGAAUGGGGGAGGUAAAGACGCAGCAUUUUUUUAAAAAAGAAAAAGAAAAAAGCAUGGGAUUUCAUUAUUAUGCUUUUCUAUGUGUUGGAAACCGCCCAGAGUGGGUAGUUGUAGUAGUGAUAAUAGUAAUAAUAACAACAAGAACAACAACAAUAAGAAAAUAAUGAUGAUGAUGAUAAUAAUAAUAAUAAUAAUAAUAGGAGGUGUUAUGCAAGCUAAGAAAAGAUGUUCAUGGACUUGGAAUACAAAAAUGUGGUGCACAUUCAUAUUAUUUAGUUCUCUAUCUUUAAGCUGUCCUGUUUCCUCCCCCAAUUACAUCAGAAGAGCUGAGCCAGGAGCAGCUAGAAGAGCCACGGCAUUCUUACUUGUGAAGAAAGAGAUGGGCAGCCAGAGUGGAAUCCAGUGUUACCACUAAAUCUCUUAAAACUUGUACGUACAAGAGCUGCCAAGAAGCGAGAAACAUUUACAUUUGGAGUAGGACAGAAGCUCCCAUGCUCUCUGUGGUGAUGGAAGGAGACUGCUUUACAUAACACCCCCUCCACCGCUUAUAUAUAGAUAUAUAUAUAGAUAUAUAUAUAGAUAUAUAUAUAGAUAUAUAAACCACCAUGUUAACACUGCUGGUUCACACACACACACACACACACACACACCUUUGCGGCACAGACAGACCCACCCAGCCUAGUAAUGGGAAUUGGCCUUGGUGAGUUUUGUUUAGUGGUUUCCCACCAUCACCUUCACACACACACACACACACACACACACAGCCCAAAGGAGGAGUUGGGAGUUAAGAUGCAACUUGGCUGCAGCCUUCUAGAGGGAAGGUGGGAAUAGGUCUGGUGAGAGCCUGUGAGGAGCCCCCUCAGCAUCAGGCUUAAAACCUUGCUCUGGUGUAGCAUCCUGUUCUCACAGUGACCCCCCCCAAAGGAGCCCCCGUGUAAGGUUGCCACCUUUUAAAAAUAAUUUUUUUAUUAAAUAUUUUCCCCAUUUACAAAAGCAUGUGCAUUGUCUCUUCAGAUUGUGUUUUCUACAGAUCAGUUACAUUUGUUGUGAGACUUUGGUGUUAUAUGCAGUAUAGGGGCUGGGGAGAAAGUGGGGGACGGGAGAGAAGGGGGUGGCGUGGUAAAGCAUAUGUUCUUUUACUUAGUGUAUAUGAUCUGGCAAAAGGCGGUGCGGUGCCGUCACUUUGGCACUAACUGGUAAAAAACAACCCUGAUUACAAUCCAUUGCAGCCCAACAGGAUGGCCUCUUUGGAAUUUGUCACACAUGCACACACAUGCUCACACAUACACAUGAACUUGUAAAUCUCUGUGCUUGGCUAUCAGGAGCUUAAAUAGAUUACCUUUCAUGCACCCUUUCAAACUCAUGCGUUUGGAGGGGGUCUGUAACUUGGCAGAGAGAGAGAGAGAGAGAGAAGACCUGAAAUACAGGACAAAUCUAUCAAUACAGCACUCAACAUUUUACACUGAAAUGCGGGACAAUCCUGUAUUAUACAGGACAGGUGGCAACCCUACUUUCUGACGAUCUCCUGGUUCAGAUCUUCCACCUUCCUUUGCGGCACUGGCAGAACUAUGUUUAUCCUAGUAAUGGGAAGGGGCAUUGGUGAGUUUAGUGGUUUUCCACCACUACCACCUCCCCUGAGGAAUAGCUGAGUUGGGAAGGUAAGAUACAACUUGGAUACUAGGGCUGGGUGAUAUCUUGUUUUCAACAUCACAAUAUAUCACCAGCUAAAUAUCACAAUAUCUUGAUAUAUCACGAUAUAUAUCUGCAGUGGCUGAGGGCCUUGCUGCCCCCCCCCCGAGGGCAGAGGGUCCCACCAUACGUCGCUGCAGUGGCGGAGAGUGCGUCACACUUUAUCGCAGCAGCAGAAAGCCUUGCAGAGGGUACCACCCUACCUCCCUGUAUCAGAGGGCCCACGUGUGUGAGGGCUUAUCUUCAUUUCUUAUUGGUUAGGAGGGAGGAGGGAGAGAGAAAACAAAGCUAGAGACACCAGUGCCUGCAUAUUAUGUGCCUGUAAAUUAUCUGCAAAGUAUCGUUCAGCUGAGGAAUGGGAAGUUGUUAAGUCUCCACCUUUUAUGUCACCGGUACAUGUCCUAUGUUUACAUUGAUCUGCAAAAUAUAAAGCUGGUCAAAUAUCACUUAGCCUCUGCUUUUGGUUUGUAAUAGGAGUAGUGGAUAUUCUUUACAUAGCAGACUAUAAGUUACUUAAUACUUGAAGAGUAACAUGUCUGUGGAUCUCUUGUGGUGUACAGUACAUGUGAGAAAGAAAUGGGAAGAGUAACAACAGAAAUGAAGGCUGUAUGCUGCUACAUUUGCUCAGAAGUACCACUGAAUUAUGGGGCUUACUCCAAAGUGCAUAGCUUUGCUUUAAUAUUCCUGUUGGUCCCUAGGGCAUCACUGGUGUAGGAAGGACUCCAUCUACCCCAGUGCUGCCCUGGGGAGCGAAAAUAAAGCAUCUCUUUAUCUUGGCAAAAAAUUCUCCCACAGGCAUGCUGUCAUUAUUAGAAGGUCUUAGAGAGAGAAGAUCUCUCUCUCCCUCCCUCUCUCUCUCUCUGGUGUGGCAUUGUUUUGAGAAUGUCCUGUUUCCUAAGUCCCUGGUGCUGACUUUCUAGAAACGGUGCCAUGCCAGAGAGAAAGAAAGAAAGAAAGAAAGAAAGGUUCUUUUACAAAGGUAAAAAGAGGUAACAUUGGCCCUUCACCCUGUUUCUUAGAUUAGUGGACAAGUUGAAACCUCUCCAUUUAACCAGUGUAGUCCCUGGGGUUCAACAGUGUCACCUGCUGAGAAAAUUAUUUAAAGAAUAAUACUUCUAUUUUGAUAAGGGAAGCCAAAUCAUUUGGGGUUUUAGGGGCCACCAGAUGUUGAUAGGAGCCGAUUACAGCUCAGGUUGGCUACUCCUGGUAUUCAGUCAAAAAAUCCUCUGGAAGAAAUGGAUGAACCUUUCCCUGAUAGCUGGCACUGAAACUACCCUGCAGAGUGAAAGCAGGAGAGGAAUUUUAUGGAAGCUACAGCCUGCUUAUUAAAUUGCUGUUACUCUGCCCAGCCUCAUUGCUUCUGGGGCAAAAGAAACAUGAAAUGACUAUUUUGAAACAUGUAUCAAUUGGUAAAAAUCAAAUAGAUGCAUCUAAACAUGGGCCCUGUCCAUAGUUGUACAGUCUGGACUAUGUUUCAGUGAGGCAUGCACAACAAUCAUUCAGUGGAUUAUGCCUGAUAGAUCUCAUUCCUUUGCCCACAUGUGAAGUAGAAGAUGAGAUAUCACUUUAUGAAACCUUUUUGCUUGAUUAAAUGAUGGAGGUGCUGCAGCUGAGAGCAGAUGACGUCUCUUAAAAUCUCUAAACAAAUGAUAGUGAUACAGUUUUUCUCUGUCUACAUUUAGAAAUCCUGCUUUUAAUCCGGGCUGGUUGCUUUUGGAAACAGUGUUCAACUAGGAUUAGACUAGGGUCCGGCAGCAUGGUGUGGAGACUGUAGAUAGAGCACUCUCUCUCUCUCUCUCUCUCUCUCUCUCUCUCUCUCCUUUAACACUAGGAAGCAGUGUUGGAAACUGAGAUAUGAAAGCUAGGAGCUAAAUGGCACCUUAAACCCAGGUUAUGGGUGCAACAGCUGAAUGUCUAGGCAUACUUUUUUAAUAACAAGGAGACAAAGCUGAAAAUGAAUGAAUGCAGCUAAAAUAUUAUUUUCAUUUUCCACAUGGUCUCGUCCUUCCCCUGCCCAACCCCCUAAUAUUCUUAAGAGGGUCUCUUCUCCAGUCUUCAGAGAGUAGCUGGAAGUGGGGAGGCAGAAAAAGGUCCUCCUUUCCUUACACUCUGCAGUUUUAAUCUGAAAUCAUGGGUGCAGUACUGCGCCCAGAGCUCAGAAGCUGCUCACGCUAAUGAAAUUCCCUGUCGCAAAAUGCAUCUAGAGCAAUGGGAGUUUCGAACACUGUUUGGAAGUUGGGUGUUACUCAGUUAAAUUGAUUGGCAGUAGAUUGGAUGUAGUUAGAAGACAAUACCUAUUUGUAUGACACAUAGUUAACUUAAUUUGCUGCCAUGAUGUGUGGUUUUGGCCAUUGGACAGGGAUAACUUUAAAAGGAGAUCAGACAUAUUAAUGAAUGAUUGGUUCAUCAACAGCUUCAGCCAUGACUGGACAUGGAAGAGGCAUCUAGAGCUGAACUAAAACUCCUGCCUGGCAACAGCAAGAGUUGAUGCAUCAGUGUGUACACCACUGCAUCCACAGCCUCACCACUCACAUUGGGGCAACAUGAAAAAGUGCCUCUUCACUACACCAGGUCUUAGGCUGAGCCCAUGGCCAUCAACUGAUGACAUCACAGCCAGCUGAAGAGCCAGUGAAUCCUGCACUGGCACACAUUUUGUGAGUUCCUGCUGGCAGUAGCGUCUAUCUGCCAUUUGAGGAUCAGUAUUGAAAUUUGGCUGUGAACACCCCACCAACCCUCUUUGCUGGUGGGGUUCUCCCUUCUCUGCCUCAUCUAGUCCUCUUCCAGCACAGGAGAGCGAAGCUGUUAGUGUAUCUCUAAAUACCUUACUAGCAGCUGGAGGAGGCAGAAUACUGGAGAGGGAAGGUGCUGUCAAGUCCUGCUUAUGUGCUUCCUGGGAAUAUUUGGUUGGCUGCUGUGCGAAAAGGAUGCUGGACUAGAUAAACACUCUUGAUCUAAUUGAGAUCCGAGGAGAUAGUUAUUAUAUGCUUAGUAGCUACGUUAAAAGUUGCACUGUAGACCAUUGUCAGCCAGAAUGAGAAUGUGUGCAUGUUGUCAUUGGAAGUUGCGUUGAACAGACUGAAACCAAAUACAGUGGUACUUCGGGUUACAUACGCUUCAGGUUACAUACACUUCAGGUUACAGACUCCGCUAACCCAGAAAUAGUACCUCGGGUUAAGAACUUUGCUUCAGGAUGAGAACAGAAAUCGUGCUCCGGUGGUGCGGCAGCAGUGGCCCCAUUAGCUAAAGUGGUGCUUCAGGUUAAGAACAGUUUCAGGUUAAGAACGGACCUCCAGAAUGAAUUAAGUACUUAACCCGAGGUACCACUGUAGUAAUCCUACCUUUACUGUUUUAGUAUCAGAAGAGGGAUUAUCCAUUAAUGACCCCUUCACAAUGCAAACACUGAGUCAGGCAACCCCACUUUUAUACCCAUUAUAUUGAGGUGCAAGGAGAAGGUUGGCCUGUAGUUCAUCUUGGAGCACAAUUCUAUCUGUGUCUACUCAGGGGAACAAAUCAUAUUAAAUACAAUAUGACUUACUCCCAAGUAAAUAACUGCAGGGUUUCAGAUGUAAGAUUUAUUCUGUAGGGAAAGGAGAUGGGGCAGAAAUGAGUUAAUACCUCCCCCAUGUAAUUUCUUGUAUCUCCUUGUUGAGGCCCAGCUUGUAUUUUACUAGUAUGGAGUUAAGGACUGCAUUACAGUGUACUUGUAGCUUGAGUCAAAGCAGGUAGUUGUUACUUAGUGGAAAAGUCUGCAGGUCAUAGGCUGUGAUUUCACUAGGUGGCUUAGGAACUAGGCUUAAAAUCUGGAAAUGCUGGUGAUUUCAGUGGAAUGUGUUGGUGAAAUUGUCUUUGGGGGAUGUAGAAUUCACUCUGUCACAAUACAUUGUCAGCAAUGCUACUGGAAACCAAUAAAGCCCAUAGAAUACUGGUGUGUACUGACUUGCAACAAUCCACCUCUGCUAAAAGUUGGUUGCUAUUGGUGAACAAUAAUGGGCUUCUCGCAAGCCAGAUGUGGAAGUCAGGAAGUGAACACUGAUAAGAAACUGCAUAGAAAGGGGAGCAGAUGAACUCUGUGGCUUUCUUCAGUACUUCACAUGUACCUCCACAGGUUCUGGAAUGUUUCACCUUAAGAACACAGGUGUGGGAGAUUACAUUUUAAAGUCACUGGAUUAAAUCUUUAUUUCCACAGGGAACAUUUGCCGCUCUCCCAUAGCCGAAGCUGUUUUUAGGAAACUUGUGACUGAGGGAAACAUUGAAAACAAGGUAAGUUUUAUUUUAGCCGCCAAAGCCGCCAUUCUGUUAGCAUGAUAUAAAUAUUUUGACCUUACCUGCAUAUCUUAGAAAUCUUUCUGUACCAAUUUAUCAGCAUCUCUUUACCAAAGUGCUAAAUGGCAGACUGAGAGGCAUCCCUUAUCAGAAUAGGCUCUGUAUAGGCUCUCAGGACAUCAAUUGUAUGAGGCAUAUGCUACUGCAUUGCGGACAAUAUGAGCAAGCUAGGGAUCUAUUGAUUAAACCCUUACUGGCAAAUCGGCUGGGUAAAUCUGAAACCUAGUAUACUAAAUAUCUUCUGGACAAGUAUAAUGGUAUCACAGUGGCCGUGGCAAAGUUUCUUUCGGUAGUCAUACGUAUCAAAGAUCAUCAUACUUAAGACCAAACAAAUAUCAUCUCAGUCUCCCUCUGCCGGGGAGUUGUCUGUAUGAAUCUGCAUUUUAUUCUAAAUCUGUGUUAUGGAUUUCUGGACCGCAAUAAAGAUUAUUACAGUGGUGCCUCGCAAGACGAAAUUAAUUCGUUCCGCAAGUUUUUUCUUCUUGCGAGUUUUUCGUCUUGCGAUGCACGGUUUCCCAUAGGAAUGCAUUGAAAAUCAAUUAAUGCGUUCCUAGGGAAACCGACUUCAGACCAGGUCCGGGGACAGUCUGUCCCCCGACCUCUUCUGAAGGCUGGGGGGGACAAGGGCUUUUCUUCCACCCCAGCAUUUUAAAACCCGGGACAGCGGAGAGCUUCUCCGCUGUCCGGGCGAUCUUAAAAUGCUGGCGGGCGGCAUUUUAAAAUUGCCCCGGGACAGCGGAGGACUUCUCCGCUGUCCGGGGCAAUUUAAAGCCCCUGGGAAGGCAGGCAGGGGGACAAAGACUUUGCCCCCGCCAGCCUUCAGAAGAGGUCCUGGACCUCUUCUGAAGGUUGGCGGGGCGAAGUCUUUGUCCCCCCACCUGCCUUCAAAAGCUGUCCAGCCAAGGCUUCGCGGACCUCUCCGCAAGCAGCGGCAGCACUGCCGCUGCUUGCGGAGAGUUGCCGGCAUGCCGAGCCUGCGCGCGCUGAGAUCAGCGCGCCCAGGCUUCGCGGACCUCUCCGCGAGCAGCGGCAGCGCUGCCGCUGCUCGCGGAGAGUUGCCGGCAUGCCGAAGCCUGCGCGCGCUGAGAUCAGCGCGCCCAGGCUCGCGGACCUCUCCGCGAGCAGCGGCAGCGCUGCCGCUGCUCGCGGAGAGUUGCCGGCAUGCCGAAGCCUGCGCGCGCUGAGAUCAGCGCGCCCAGGCUUCGCGGACCUCUCCGCGAGCAGCGGCAGCGCUGCCGCUGCUCGCGGAGAGUUGCCGGCAUGCCGAAGCCUGGGCGCGCUGAGAUCAGCGCGCCCAGGCUCCGCGGACCUCUCCGCGAGCAGCGGCAGCGCUGCCGCUGCUCGCGGAGAGUUGCCGGCAUGCCGAAGCCUGGGCGCGCUGAGAUCAGCGCGCCCAGGCUCAGCGGACCUCUCCGCGAGCAGCGGCAGCGCUGCCGCUGCUCGCGGAGAGUUGCCGGCAUGCCGAAGCCUGGGCGCGCUGAGAUCAGCGCGCCCAGGCUCCGCGGACCUCUCCGCGAGCAGCGGCAGCGCUGCCGCUGCUCGCGGAGAGUUGCCGGCAUGCCGAGCCUGGGCGCGCUGAGAUCAGCGCGCCCAGGCUCCGCGGACCUCUCCGCGAGCAGCGGCAGCGCUGCCGCUGCUCGCGGAGAGUUGCCGGCAUGCCGAAGCCUGGGCGCGCUGAGAUCAGCGCGCCCAGGCUCCGCGGACCUCUCCGCGAGCAGCGGCAGCGCUGCCGCUGCUCGCGGAGAGUUGCCGGCAUGCCGAGCCUGGGCGCGCUGAGAUCAGCGCGCCCAGGCUCCGCGGACCUCUCCGCGAGCAGCGGCAGCGCUGCCGCUGCUCGCGGAGAGUUGCCGGCAUGCCGAAGCCUGGGCGCGCUGAGAUCAGCGCGCCCAGGCUUCGCGGACCUCUCCGCGAGCAGCGGCAGCGCUGCCGCUGCUCGCGGAGAGUUGCCGGCAUGCCGAAGCCUGGGCGCGCUGAGAUCAGCGCGCCCAGGCUCCGCGGACCUCUCCGCGAGCAGCGGCAGCGCUGCCGCUGCUCGCGGAGAGUUGCCGGCAUGCCGAAGCCUGGGCGCGCUGAGAUCAGCGCGCCCAGGCUCCGCGGACCUCUCCGCGAGCAGCGGCAGCGCUGCCGCUGCUCGCGGAGAGUUGCCGGCAUGCCGAAGCCUGGGCGCGCUGAGAUCAGCGCGCCCAGGCUUCGCGGACCUCUCCGCGAGCAGCGGCAGCGCUGCCGCUGCUCGCGGAGAGUUGCCGGCAUGCCGAAGCCUGGGCGCGCUGAGAUCAGCGCGCCCAGGCUCCGCGGACCUCUCCGCGAGCAGCGGCAGCGCUGCCGCUGCUCGCGGAGAGUUGCCGGCAUGCCGAAGCCUGGGCGCGCUGAGAUCAGCGCGCCCAGGCUCGCGGACCUCUCCGCGAGCAGCGGCAGCGCUGCCGCUGCUCGCGGAGAGUUGCCGGCAUGCCGAGCCUGGGCGCGCUGAGAUCAGCGCGCCCAGGCUCGCGGACCUCUCCGCGAGCAGCGGCAGCGCUGCCGCUGCUCGCGGAGAGUUGCCGGCAUGCCGAAGCCUGCGCGCGCUGAGAUCAGCGCGCCCAGGCUCGCGGACCUCUCCGCGAGCAGCGGCAGCGCUGCCGCUGCUCGCGGAGAGUUGCCGGCAUGCCGAAGCCUGCGCGCGCUGAGAUCAGCGCGCCCAGGCCUCGCGGACCUCUCCGCGAGCAGCGGCAGCGCUGCCGCUGCUCGCGGAGAGUUGCCGGCAUGCCGAGCCUGGGCGCGCUGAGAUCAGCGCGCCCAGGCUUCAGCGGAUCGGAGAUUUCCUAUGGGCUUUCGUCUUGCGAAGCAAGCCCAUAGGGAAAUUCGUUUUGCGAAGCGCCUCCAAAACGGAAAACCCUUUCGUCUAGCGGGUUUUUCGUCUUGCGAGGCGUUCGUCUUGCGGGGCACCACUGUAUUAUAUUUUGACUUGUUUUUCUGUAGUGGAGGAUAGACAGUGCAGCAACAUCUACGUAUGAAGUAGGAAAUCCUCCAGAUUAUCGAGGCCAGAAUUGCAUGAGGAAACAUGGUGUUACCAUGAAUCAUAUUGCCAGGCAGGUACUGUACCCAUAUUGCUUUCAAUGUAUGUAUGCAUAUGUUCUUGUUGUUCACAGUGGGUGAUAGACAGCGGUGCUGUUUCUGACUGGAAUGUGGGGCGCUCCCCAGAUGCGAGGGCUUUAAGUUGUCUGAGAAAUCAUGACAUUCAGACGGGCCAUAAAGCACGACAGGUAGAAAGAGUCUGUUCGUUGUUUUCUGGAAACUAUGGGUGGUGCAAAAGUCUUGGUAACUGCUGUAGGUUGGAUUGCGUGUGGAUUGGCAAAGUAUUAAAUGUUUAACUACUCAGUGUAGUCGUGGUUAGAGCAGUGGAAAUUCUAACAGCAUCUGUGUAAAGUGGUUGGAUGAAGCCAUGUUCCAGAGCCUGUUAACGCUGUUCCCUGAAUGAAAUUAUUUCAGUGGUUAGGGAUAUUAUUAUUUUAUUUCUUUGCUAGCCAAGGUGAAUCACUUGCCAUGAACCUAGUUUGCCAUUUUGUUGCCCAUUCCUCCAGUUUAAAGAGAUCCUUUUGAGUCAUAUUGCAUUUGGCUUUUCAUAGUACAGUGGUAUCUCUGGUUACAGACGCUUCAGGUUACAGACUCCGCUAACCCUGAAAUAGUACCUCGGGUUAAGAACUUUGCUUCAGGAUGAGAACAGAAAUUGUGCCUUGGUGGCAGUGGGAGGCCCCAUUAGCUAAAGUGGUACCUCAGGUUAAGAACAGUUUCAGGUUAAGAAUGGACCUCCAGAACGAAUUAAAUUCUUAACCCGAGGUACCACUGUACUAAAGAAUUUGGUAUUGAUUGCAGGCUUGGACUUCUCACCCCUGGCUACAGUUCAUUAAUAAACAAGUUAAAUCACACCAGUCCCAAUAGAGACUCACUGUUAGCUUCCCUCCGUUAUGAAAACUGUUCCUGGUUCAGACCUUAAGCAACUCUGCUCCAGUAGACAAUUGUAGGUUAUAAGAGAUGGCUAAAUGAUAUUGAUUUCAAUGUCUCAGUUGUUAAAAUAAAUGCGCAUAAUUUAUCAAAAUUCCUUUAAGGCCUGACCUUCUUUAGAUGGAUUCAUAACUGCAGCAUUUCUGUUAGACAAAGGAUGUGUCACAUGUUCCCUUCUGACUUUUUCUUUCCUUUUGUGAGGUCUUGCUUUAGUUGUUUUCCCCAUUUACAGAUCUUUUUAUUAUUGUUCCUUUAGCUUCACUGGUGCCCUUUUUGACCUUAAACUCCCUUUAGUCCAUUUCAUGUAAAACCCAUAGAACUCAGCAUAGAUGAGAGCCUCUCAACACUCAAACAGUUCUGCCUGCCUUCUGCUUUUUCUUCUGUUUCUCUUGAUAUCUUGAUUCCCCCCCCCCCCAAUAUUUAAAAGCUUAACAAGGAAAGCUUAACUGGUAUAGUUCACAUCUGUUGUUUUCAACACAUCAAAAUGUGCUCUGAAUGUUAUCACAGUUCAAAAGAAGAACUGAUGGCAUCUUUGGAAGAGCGCAUUGUUGAACAAUACUUUUACGUCGUAAUCAUUACAGCCUUAUCCCAUAAUUUCUGAACAGUGUUUAAUUUUUGAGAGAUAAUAUGAACAAUAACUUGUGUAAAUGUUCCCUGGCCAAAUACUAAAACCCUAAUUCUUCUGUCUCCAGUUUUAUUUUUCUACAAUUGAUUUCUGAGCUGCUUACUUUGCAGCUGUCAGUUAGCAUACAUAAAUGUUGUUUGGCUUUAGAAUUUUAAAUAUGUAUUGCUAACUGCCAUCACUGCAACACUGACUUAACCUCAUUUUUUUUAUUAAGAAUUGUUGUGACAUGGAUCUCUGUUAACAGUGUUUAAACAUAUUUGUUAAAUUCUAGGUUACAAAAGAUGAUUUCCUGACGUUUGAUUAUAUGCUUUGUAUGGAUGAAAGUAACUUACGGUAAGUUGUGAAAACUAUGUGCUUUUUGCUUAUAGAUGAUGAAUAGUUCUGAUUAUUCUAGCCUAAAUGGGUUGUUUGCUACAUUUAGUGCCUCCUAAUAGACGCUAAAGCCCUUAAAGAGUAUUCCCACUACACCCUUCGUCUAAAACAUGGGGAGGGAAACAGUUUAAAUUCCAGAUGUUAUUGAACUACCCUCAGCUCUGGCCAGCAUGGUCAAUGCAUAGAGAUGAUGGGGGUUUAAUUCAAACACAGCUGGAGGACCACAGGUUCCCCAUUCUGGGUCUAAAGGAUGAUGAUCCCUAGGAAUAGUCAGGGAACAGACGGAAUAGCAUUGUACCUUUUGCAUUAUAGUAAUCUAUUCCUCAUUUGAGCAAAUGAUUGCCAGGAUUACUCUGCAAGAGGAGAACAGGCUGCUGUAUGAAAUCUAUAUUUCUGGUGGAUCCAGGUGUUAUUUCAAGUCAAUGUUCUGAAACUGUUGCAUUUAUUUCCUGAGCCUCUCAUUAGUAUUUUUGGCUCCAUAGUGUUGGUAUUCUAUAACUUACAUUUAUACUUUGGUACAACAUUACAUAAAAAUAUGUGUGUUAGAUGCUGCGUACUAAAUCACAUCACACUGUUAAAAGUGUGUGGUUUUUUUCUUUAUACACUGUGAUUUUUGUUUCCUUUAUGCACUGCAAACUCUUAAGGAUAUCUUGGUGUCAAAGGAAAAAAGAAAGAAAGACAUGCCACACUUAAUGACAAAAAGUUGCCUAAACUUUUGUCUUGUAGAGAUCUGAAAAGAAAAAGCAAUAGUGUUCAAAACUGCAAAUCUCAGAUUGAGCUGCUUGGGAGCUAUGAUCCACAAAAGCAGCUUAUUAUUGAAGAUCCGUACUAUGUAAGUAUUCAAUUCUAUUAGUCCUUUUUAACUCAAAAUCAGUGUUGUAGCAAUCAGUGUUGUAAUAAAGAAAUCUGUUUAACUUAAAUUGGUUCAUUUUAUUUUUUGUCUCUGCUUCUUUCUAUAGGGGACUGAUGAAGAUUUUGAAACUGUUUAUCAACAGUGCCUUAGAUGUUGUAAAGCAUUUUUGGAGAAACCUCAUUAAUGGGGCAAGUGUUUGUGAAAGCAAAUAAUAUUUAGCUGUUCUGUAAAAUUAUUCUCAAUUGAUAUUAAAUUGUAAAGAUUCUAAAAAUAAGUCCUUUUUUUAGCAUACUUAAUUUCAUGAUGUGCACUGCACCUUGUACUUGAGAAAUGGUAGGCUUAUAAAAUUAAUAUUGACCUUGAUCAAGCAUCUAUAUAAAGGGGAAAGCAUCCAGUACUGACAAAAUAAAUGUGUGUGAUUCUUGGUAUACAUAUUCCACAUAGUAUGUAAAAUAAUUCCUGUAUACAUACUCUAAAUAUGAUACACCUAUGCUGUUUUCCAUUGCUACUUGUAUGUAUGGUACUUUUUAAUCUUAAACAUCUUUCUUAGAAGUAUUUUUUGGAUGUAUUGUCACAUGAUUAAGAACUGAAGACUUAACAAAACAGUCUCUUUUUACUUUUUCCAUUAUUUGUGAUUUGAAAGAGAGAGAGAGACUUACAGCCAUAUAGAGUUGAGCUGUAUGAAUUUCACAAGUCUGCAUAACCACAGAAUAAGUUCGUUGUGUGGUCUCUUGAUGCAUAGUACAGUCUCCUAGAGUCUUGGUCUCUCUUUUUUUCCCUAUUUAUUAAAACAAAAUCUAGCCUUUAGUAGCUGCUGAGAUGAUGCUUGAAAGAGGAUAAAUACAGCCUUGUGAAGUCUUGGAGCAGUGUGCAUGGCACAAAGUGUUCUUUGCAGAUCAUGUGUACUAACGGAAGCCGAGUAAAUUAAUUAAAUAUGCUUCACUUGCCCUAACAUAUACAACCUACAACCGUGUUAAUUUCCACACAACAGAAUUUCGGCAUUACCUUCUUUUUAAUCAUAAGUAUACACAGCCCUGCUUUUGAAUUAUGGUGCUGGAGGAGACUCUUGAGAGUCCCAUGGACUGCAAGAAGAUCAAACCUAUCCAUGCUUAAGGAAAUCAGCCCUGAGUGCUCACUGGAAGGACAGAUCGUGAAGCUGAGGCUCCAAUACUUUGGCCACCUCAUGAGAAUAGAAGACACCCUGGAAAAGACCCUGAUGGUGGGAAAGAUGGAGGGCACAAGGAGAAGGGGACGAGAUGGUUGGACAGUGCUCUCGAAGCUACCAGCAUGAGUUUGACCAAACUGCGGGAGGCAGUGGAAGACAGGAGUGCCUGGCGUGCUCUGGUCCAUGGGGUCACAAAGAGUUGGGCACGACUAAACAACAACAACAACAUACACAGCCCUGGCUAUAGAUGAGAAAUGUCUGAAGAGAAGAGUUAAAAGGCCAGUAAUUGCCUCAUUGAGAACUAGGACUGCUCUCUUCUGCUUCAUGGGCAUUCCCUUACAGGUCUAUAAGCGAGAUUUCCUUUUGACAUUUUCAUUUAACAUUAUCAUGGUAAUCAUAAUCAUUAUAAUUUUAUAAUUUUACACCGCCCAUCUGGCUGGGUUUCCCCAGCCACUGGUAAACAUUCUGUAGAUCAUAACCACAUUCGCCACUUUUUAAAAAGUGAUAUAUGUUUAGUGCCUACACCCUCCUGUCUCUUAUAGCUGUGAUGCCUUUCCUGAAUAUCCUCAUGCUGGAACUUCUAUGUGCCUCCAUCAUGUUUUUCUUUCCCAUCAUAUCAAACACAUCCUCCUUGGUGGUUUGCUUUCAAGUCGCUUCACCAGUUAUGGAUACUCCUCGGAGCUUCUCUUCCUAAAUUGUUUAAAGGAUGCUUUUAAUACUCUUCUCCCAUCUUCUUUCUUGUAAAUAAGCUGUCUUUCAUGACUGUGCCAGUUCGAAAGCAUGCCAGUGCAAGUAGAUAAAUAGGUACCACUUCGGCGGGAAGGUAAAUGGUGUUUCCGUGCGCUCUGGCACUCGUCACAGUCCUCCGUGCGCCAGUAGCGGUUUAGUCAUGCUGGCCAUAUGACCCGGACAACUGUCUGUGGACAAACGCCAGCUCCCUCGGCCUGAAAGCGAGAUGAGUGCCACAACCCCAUAGUCGCCUUUGACUGGACUUAACCAUCCAUGGGACCUUUACCUUUACCUUCUUAUCACCUCUUUGAGGUUCAGUUCCUCACGAUGCAGAGCAGUACAAGAGAGCACAUGGGUAGAAUCCUUUUAUGAGGUGCCAUACUUUUCCCUGAGUUGAUUGCAACUUGGCUUAGAAGAGCUAGAUAGACCAUGAAAAGAUAACUAAAUCCUUGAUCCCAGCCUAUUCCUUAAAAUGUCUGGGCAUGAUGACAAUACGUGACUCCUGAGUUGGCAUUGCUUAGCUUCUCUUGCCCCACCUCCCUUUCUUGGAAAAGCAUUUCAUUAUUGCUGCUUCAAAACUGAGCCAAAGAAAAGCUUCUGCUACCCAGAAGCAAGCAGCAAAAUCCAUAGCGUGUCACAAAUGUGCUUUACUGCUUCUAGUAAAGGACACUACUGAGUGCAAAACUCCUCCGGGUAAUAAAUAACUCAACAUAUAACAUAAAGCACAUGCUGAAGGGCGUUGACAUGAAUAAAUGUCUAUUUGUAAAUAGUUGGAUGUGUGAGCUAUUCCUGGUCUACUGCUUGGUGUCAAGCCCUGCAGUGUAAUAAUGCAUGGGAGGCUGUCUUAUCUUUUAAACAGCCAAUUAUAAAAAAUGUUUGCCAAGAUCUUUAUCUUCCCACUUAGCAGAAUUAAUAAAUACAAGCUGCAGACAAGAAAAUAGGAAGUUGUCAUAAUAAUUCCUUUGGCUGAGUGUUGCUAUAAACAGUGGUUAUUGGAGUAUUUUGCACUGUGUGUACACAUUAAGACAUUAACAUUUCCCCUCCCGCCUACUGCGUCUCAUGUCCCAAGCACAUUUGCAAUAUUUAUUUAUUAGUUUAUCUUAUUUAUUAGAUUUAUAUACCACCCGCCAUCAUAAGAUUUCAGGGCUGUUCGUGAGAUUAAAACGCAAAUAAAUAGUUAGAAACAGCAAAACAAUACCCCCUCCCACAGACACAUUUAAAAGGCUGUGGAAUAUUAAACAGCCAAAGGCCUGAUUGAAGAGGAAUGUUUCUUUCGCCUGGCACUUAAAGAUAUAUAAAGAAGGUGCCAGACAAACCUCCCUGGGGAGAGCAUUCCACAAACAGGGAACCACUGCAGAAAAGGCCAGUUCUCAUGUUGCCACCCUCUGGACCUCAUGUGGAGAAGGCACAUCCUGUUGAUGCUGCUGGACUGGCAUGUUGUGUUCCUGGUUAAGGACUAGCAUGGGCAGGGAGGUUUAAUGGUGCUACUAGAUAAUACUACAUGUUUACUGAGUGUUGAGGGCAAACUUUCUUUGAAGCAUCUGGAUUCAGGUAGGUAGCCAUAUUGGUCUGACGCAGUCAAAAUAAAUAAAAAAAUUGUCCAGUACCUACCCCCCCUUUAAAGCAGGAAUAGUGGUCUUCGAAAUUAGAUCCAUAUUUUGGGUACCUUUCCCAUUUCAACCCUGCUGGAUUUAAAAUGCACCCAGAGCUGAAUUUCAUUGCAUGCAAAACUCCAUAGCUAUUGAUUUAAAAUGUCAUAGGAAAUUCAGAGGCAAAUAGCUGUAAUUUAUUUUUAUAGGCUAUGCUCAAGUGCUGCUAGGAAUAUAUUUUUGUUUUAAUAAAAAUGCUAACUUUUAUUCCUGUUUACAGCCGUACUAAAAUUAACUGUCAUACCAAUUGACUUGAAAAUACAAGAGCAAAUAAAAUAGGGAAAAGAUCAGCUUAGCUGUAUUGAUCCUUGUAAUGUUUUCAUUGCCUUAGUUUCAUAAUGUAGCAAAUUACUUUGAGUACACUUGGGUUUUUUUAAAAAACCUGCGUGAAAUACAAGUGGCCAUCUGAAUCUCCAAUCCUGAUACACAUGGAACACUUUUCUGUGGUUGCUUUCAAACUUCCAUUUAAAGGAAAAACCUUCAGGUGUUGCAGGUAUAUGGAAAUGAAUGUUUCAUAUUCACGGGACCCCAAGGCAACACUUAGAGAGGAGGGACAAGAGCAACAUUUACCUUACUUCCAUUAAUUAUAGCUACAGUAUUGAAUUGGAUAGAGAUGGCUAUUUUAAUAAGCCCUGAUGAUGGUGACUUGGCAGGAUGGAAAAGGUGGUUGCACAGGCAAGUAGAGUCAUGGGUGAGUCAAACAUAAACUGUUUGCAAGGAUGCUGUUAGCCCACAUGAAGCCCACCUUGGGGCAUGUUCUAUCUCUCAUCACACAAAACAUCCCCACUUUGAAAAGGAAUUUGAUGUCUUUGGUCUAGUGCAGUUCUUUCCCUACUACAAGUAGGAAGAAGAAUAAUGAUGAAGAGCCAAGUUAUAAACCCAACACUUUAUUAUGUAUGUUAUUUACAGUAUUUACAUAUUGCACAUUUAGCUGGAAUGUUCAUACCUCUAUUGUACAGGAAACAGAUGGCAUUUUAGUGGAUGCAGAAUCCAAGUUUUACUUAAAACAUGUUUGUCUCUUCCACGUGGCAUGCAGUUUGCACUCAGUAAGAGUACACCAUAACAGAUUUAUGAAACAUUUGUAACCAAACACUUUGAAUUCCAUAAGCAAGAAAGGUAACCUCCACAGGAAGGCUUCCUUGAAAGUGUCCCAUGACGUCUCUAAAUGAAACAUGUUCUUACUUGGGAGGUUGAUAAUUCACUGAAUUUUUUGGCAAUGCAACACUUCUGAUAUAGGGUGGCCUUAAAGUAUGAAACAUUUUAAAUUGUUAUGGUAGAAAAACUACCAGAAAAAAAUGUGUAUCUGUAAACAGUGGUGACAGAAUAGAAAACACAUGUUUUAAAGAUUUUAUGGGAAGUAGUCUAUCAACUUGCAAAAAUAAAUCUCUUGUUCACAAUGGAGUAUGUUACAAAGAUGGUAAGUUCAAUUUCCCUGUUGGUUUCCAAGGCACUUCUCUUGGUUCUUGAUAAUAGCUUUUUCCCUUGAUAGUAGUAACAUCUGAAGCAAAGACAAGACAACACCGCCCACCACAAAAUAUUAGUUUCUCGGUUUUCAAGUGAGCAAAAUAUUUCACUUUUGUUUUUGCUGCACAAUCUGGCAUACUAAAACUCUGGGUCGGUUACCAUUUGCUGUCAAGGGAUGGGGAUUUAGGUAAGUGAGAUAAAGCCUUCACAGUUCAUGAGCACCAGCUCUUGGAUACUCCAAGGCCUACGCUAUAUUUUUACUUCUUAAAUACACUGAUUUCCCUACUUGUGGCAAUCAUUCUUAUAUGACAGGCACCCCCAAACUCGGCCCUCCAGAUGUUUUGGGACUACAAUUCCCAUCAUCCCUGACCACAAGGGCUGAAAAGGAUCUCAAUCUCGGUGUUGAUUCCAAGAGAAAUGAAUUGGUUUUGAUUCUUGAUAUUGCUUACUGUUGUUAAGUUGGUAUUUCAGUGAAAUAUAAAUGUGCAGUUUUGGAGACAGAUUCAGCUGAAUGCACAUAACGUUUGUUCAUGCUUCAACUACAUUAUAACUCUAUUAUAGAUAGAUUAAUCACUCCUACAUGUAUAUUUUUAAGCUGCAUUCAAAUAUGGCAUAAUCAACCUGUAACUUUAAAUAGAGACCCAGUGUCAAUACAUAGAAACGGAUGCUGACUCAGCCCC